GUCGAAAUAAGUUCUUAACAAUAUUUUGUUCUUAAUUAAGCGAUUUAAACAGCCUUGCAAAAUUAUGUACGAAAUUGUUAAUGCAUCGUGAAAUUUAUGUGGUUUAUUGAUACAAUCGUUAACAAAUUUAGUCAAAAAUUUAAUAAUAUGGCUCAAGGUAAUUCUAAUGAAGUAAUUUGUUUGGACGAUUCUGACGACAGCACAGUGCCAGAAAACAAAGGAGUCCUAGAAUGCCCAGUUUGUUUGCAGACAUGUAUACACCCAGCCCGCUUGCCUUGUGGACACAUAUUUUGCUUUCUGUGUGUUAAGGGAGUAGCAUUCCAAAGUAAUAGGUGUGCUUUAUGUCGAGCAGACAUACCUAUUAACUUUUUGGAACAUCCAUAUCUUGUGGAGAAUUAUGAGGAACCAAAAGCAGCUCCUGAUAGUUACCAAUGGUUCUAUGAAGGGAGAAAUGGCUGGUGGCAAUACGAUGAACGCACAAGUAUGGAAAUUGAAUCCUCUUAUGCAAAAAAUGAAAAAUUUUGUGAGUUACUCAUUGCCGGAUUUAUUUACAUUAUUGAUUUUGAAUCAAUGAUGCAAAUCAGAAGAAAUGAGCCCCAUAGAAGAAGACAAAUCAAAAGAGACAUUGCUACAAUACAGAAAAAAGGUGUAGCUGGCAUUCGGACUGAGGGCUAUGUGGAUAAUGGAAAUUACACUGAAAUUGUUGAAAGUAAUGAAAAUGUUGAGAGGGAUAGGAUACAAUUCCCAGAAUCAUUUGAAACCAAUAUAGCCUAUCAGAAUUUGGAUCAUUCAAAUGUAUUAGAUAAUACAUAUGAAGAUUCAGAGGCCUCAGACAAUGAAAAUAAUGAGAGUGUUCCUCCUGAGCCCCCGAGACCGACCAUACAGCUAAGUAGAGAAUCUGUAGAUGGAAUUGAAUUUGACAAUUUUAUUAUAAACAGAAUACGUGAGCUAAAUAUUAAUCAAGAGCAAACAAGUGAUAAUGAGGAAUAAAUGUGUAUUGAUCUUUU